GGAAGAUGGAAAAAGAUUUUUUUUGGGUUUGGGAAAAUGAACUGUCAAAACAAAUCACCAGUUGGAAACAAUAAUAAUAGACAGCUCAGAACUGUUGACUCAGAGCUGCAGCUUGAUGUUUAUGGACCCAACACUACUCCAAGUUAUCCACUGUUGAGUGCAACGCGCCACCCAAUUUCACCCAUUGUCUCUCCUGGCUCAACCCUUUCUUUACAACCUUAUUCUUCCUUGGAGGAUAAUUUUGUUUGGCGUUAUGGCCCAGAAGGUCCUUUAUUUGGAAGAUUAUGCGAUGACCUCGUAGCUCAUCUAAUUUCGUUCAUUCCAAGUGUACAGGAUAGAGCAGCUUUCAGGGAAGUUGCCACUCGCUGGAGAAGAAUUAUCAAUGAAACACCCGAGUUGUGGAGAAGAGCUUCAUUUCGUGGCUUUCUAGCAGGAGAUAGAUUACAUCAAGUAGUAGCUGGACAUGAAACCCACAUUUGUGUUUUAGACCUGACCGGCUGUCGGAAUGCAAGGGAGCCAAGUGUGGCAAGGUUAUUUUGCUCGUGUCCUCAUCUCGAAGAAGUAGACCUGAGUGGAAUAUUUGGUAUAAGGCCAGAAACAUUUCAUCAACUUCCGAGUCACUGUCGUUUUCGUCAUGAAGAAGUGGAACAAACGUUUAAGAAACUUUUAAAAUUUCUGUUACAUAUUCCUUCGCCUAGUGUGUUGUUGGUUAUUACCGAUGGCUCUCUUCAGUUGGAAUCAAGAAACAGACAAGUUGUAAGAGUGAGAUAUCUGGAACCAACGCAAUUGUCAGACAAUGAAUAUGGUUUCUCGUUGUUUAUUCGUGCCAUAGGUUUACCAGACAACUCUCAAUUUCUAUUGGAUGUUUUCCGAUGUAGUGAAAAUCGAUACGAGUUGCGUUGGUUGAAAAAUAACAUCGGACGUUAUAAAAAUGGUUCGUUGAUUGUGAUGCAGUAAUCUUUUGUCUUUUGUUUAUAUGUUCAUCCAACUUACAACUAAUCA